UGAAUACCCGGUGACUUCUGUCUGGUUGUUUUUGCGGAAUGUUUUGAUUCGAGUUGUGUGAUACCAAGUGUCUAUUCUUCUGAUCUUACAAGCAAAUUUGUUCUCAUUUGAUUGAUUGAUUUCUUAUUUGCUUCUUUCCUCACCUCUCACGGCUUCUCCUCCCUGCCAGAUAUGACUGAAAGAACUCUCGCGUCGGCCGUCGCCCUCCCCGACCAGGAUACUACUACAAUUCCGUCCCCAGAAGCAGGGCUAAAGCGGCGACAGUCGUCAAUUACGGAUCCUGAUUCGGAGAACAAACGCCGUCGUCUUAGCUCACAAACGGACAAUCACGAUGACACCCAGUCUAUUCCGGAUCGCAAACAGGCCUCACCGGAUGUAACAGAACGGAAACCGCGGCGUGGCGCAGGGCGGGAUGAAGAGCGCAAACGCGGCCAACGACUAUUCGGUGCUCUGCUGGGGACGCUUUCGCAGAGCUCGACCUCGGCGGCCCAAAAGCGACGUGCGGAUAUUGAGCGACGACAACAGGAUAAGUUGAAGUUGCAGGAUGAAGAAUAUGGAGAGCUGAAGAAGAAGAGGCGGGAGGAACGGGCGGUGAUUCGGAAGAAGGAGCAGAGGUUCUACGAGGAGGAAUCGAUGCGCACGCGCCACUCGAAUAUGAUUGCGAUGGCUCAUUUCCUUAAGACGAGGACAGAGCCGGUAUUAUACUACAAGCCGUGGCAGCUAAGGGCGGAGGAUGAGGAUAUAAUACAGGACCAGAUUAAAGAAGCGGAAGCUACUGUCGCAAGAGAAGUGGCGGAGUUCGAAGCACGCUAUUCGUCCCACGAGGAGAAGAACCCCGAGCAGCAGGAGGAGAAGAUGCAGGAGGCUGAGCAUGAAGAGACCCAGGAACCAGCCUCGGUGUCCGAGUCAGACGCCAUGGAGAAUAAGAGCGUCGCUCAAGCGUCUUCGGUGACUAUGGGAGCUGAGACAACAGCCGACGGAGGCUCCGAAGAAGCCAAAGCCGAGACCUCACCUGCUAAUGACAGCAAUGUAUCUACUAGUAUGGACCAUGACCGCUCGGAUAUCCAUCGACACGACGAUGAUGGCGGUGAAGUGGAGGAGGACCAAGAAGAUACGGUAAUCUAUUAGCAGCAGAAGCGGUGACACUCUCUCUCAUUCUUCUUUUUAUUUAAUUCCAUCAUAUUCUAUCAUAUCGAGUAGCGAAUUGCAA